CACAGCAGAAAGAUGGCAAUUUUCAGCUCUUUGGCUCGCUCCGGCCAAUUUUCGGCUCGUUUAGGUACUAUUCUGAGCAAUCAAGCUCUUUUGCAGGCAAGAAACAAUGCCCUUACCGGUACGCGCUUCAUGUCCGGCGGUCAUGGACCGAAAAAUUUUACGAUCACGCCUUCCCGUUUCCAAUGGCACAAAUUCAAGGAUAUGUUCCACUACUACAUCAUGAUUGGCUUGAUUCCUGUCGGUGCAGUUGUUUUCUAUUCAAAUGUUUUUAUUGGCCCUGCCACCCUCACGGAAACACCGGAAGAUUACACUCCGAAACACUGGGAAUACCAUCGGCAUCCGAUCACGCGUUUCAUCGCCCGGUACAUCUUGCCCAGCCCACAACAAGAAUACGAGAAAAUGCUUCAUCACCUGUAUGAAGAAAACGAAAAGGCUCAGAUUCGUGCGUUGGAGAAGCAAGUACGCGAUAAAAUGGCUGAGCGUAACGAUUACCAGUCGUACUACUACCGCCCGGCUAUCGGCAAGUACCACCGGGUAGCGAAAGAGGCAGCUGAUGAGCUGGAAUCGCUCCGCGGUGAUUAAGAUGAGAAUGGAUAUGUUGUAGAAUAUGUUGAAGAAAUAGAGACGUAAAGGUGUUGCAGU